UUGAACACGCCAGUACGAGGACCCAAGCAAGUGAAUAAGGAACCAGUUACACCUAGCUACGUCAAUAUCAAGCGAGGUGGUGGCGGCGGUCCGACUACCGUUGAUUCUAUAGUAGUAGAAAAUGAGAUACUGAAAGAGUUAAGAGCGUUGAGAUAUGAUUUUAAUUGUCGACUAGAUAGACAAGCAAAGGAGUACGACCUACUUCAAAAGAGAUUUGUUGUUACGGAAAACGAAUUACAAAAAGUACAAAAGAUUUUGGAGGUAGUUCAAGAAAAAGUAAAUAAAAUAGAUCUUUUAGAGGCUAAUAUUAAAAUAUUAGAAAAGAAAAAGGAAGAACUAUAA